ACGAAUCAUCGCAGUAGCAUCAGUCACCCAACGACCGAACAACACAGACCACAAUGUUCAAGCUGGUGGUGUUGUGCGCUUUCCUCGCUGCGGCGACCGCCGAUCCCUCCGGCGCGUUCUACGCCCAGCCUUUGACCUACUCGUCGACCGUGAUCUCACCAGCAGUCACCACCAUCUCCAAGUCGGCCAGCAGCGUCGUCCACCCAUCGCCUACCUACUACUACAGCACUCCUUCUGUCUACUCACACUUCAUUAAGAAACGUGGUGCACCUUUCUACUUCCCGACCACCUAUGCCGCGGGCUCACCUCUGCUGGCGACGUCAUACUCCACUCCGAUCUUGCACAGCACACCGUUGGUGGCCAGCACGCCUCUGAUCUCGACCCCUAUCGCCGCUGCGCCCUUCGGCUACCCUGCUGCACAUUUGAUCAAGAAGAGGUCGGCUCCUCUCAUCAGCACUACUGCAUACAGCGCUUACUCUCCUUUGACUUACUCCACACCGUUGAUAUCUCAUACUCCCCUGAUCUCCGCAGCUCCUUACUACUCUUCUUCCAUUCUUUCCCAUGCUCCUCUGGCUAUUCCUCACCUGAUCAAGAAACGCUCUGCUCCCAUCUUGACCAGCGCUUACAUUGCCCCAACAUCAUACAGCCACCAAUCCAGAAUCGAUUACCGUGCUCCCUUGGUCAGCCAUUACACUGCACCCCUGGCCUAUCAGAGCCCUUAUGCCUACUCUCACGUCCUCUAGAUCUGAUAUUGAAACUCAAGUGAUUUAACCGAACUAUAUCCAGCCAUAAAUGUACCUGCUCAAAGUUUUAAAUUUAACUGCCAUUGUAAUUAUCAGUAACAAUCCCUCAAAGUGAACUCACAGUGUAUUAAAAUAAAAGGAAAUAAAUUUCUGUACAAAAACUGA